AUGGCAGCUACCGAGUGGAAAGUGACCAAGCGUGCUAAGCGAUUGCCGAAGAAACGGGCGGUGCUCUCAGCGGCAUCGCUUGAACUGCUAACUAAACUCAUGCACAUCGCUCUCAACGACACUGUUCGCAACAAGAACCAAACCGAGACCGCCGCCAUCAUCGACUUGAUCCUGUCAACAUGGAUGGGGAGUGACCCCCGGCUGUUUACGUCACGAGUGGCCAAAACUCCGAUGCCAUCGUUGAAUCAACGGAUCAAAUUUGACGUGCUCAAUUUCGACGACCAAUUAUACCAACGGGACCGGCUUGAACGAUACAUCAGUGAAGUGCUUCCUUCUUUACUCAAGCUUGAUGCCGUGUUUACUCAGGAAAAGAUUACGUUCACCAACCACGAGCUGGCUCUUCGAGAGCUACAAGCUAAUAUCCCAAAGCUGACGGAACGAAUCAUCGAGCAAACACAAAAGCUCCGCGAGCAAUACAAAAUCGCUCCUGGUACUAAGGAAGUGGUGUCGACGUACGUUACUGAAAAAGAUGAUGAGAAUGUUACUGAUGUACCGGAUAUACCUUCGGAUGAACGAGUGGAUGCCGUUGUGGACCGGGUAGAGACGGCACUUGCGAAGCAUCGCCAACUCGCAGCCAUUACCGAACGAUUAGAGACAAUCAGGAACUUGGUGAAAAUGUAA